GCACCGGGUAUACCCCUAUCUUAUGGACAAUUAUAUUCGACAUAUUCGAGCUAUUGCAUCAAUUAUUGGUCGAAGCUACAUCGCGUCAGCGAAGCGGGAAAUGACGAACUAGAGUAUCGGACCGUCGGGGAAAGGGCGUUGUGGGCGCGGGAGUUCCUUCCGACGCCGAAGGCUCCACCUUCUGUCGAUAACGAAUCUUUAAGCUUGCAAACGGCAAACCUGCCGCACUUUCCUCCUGCCAUACAAAGCUUCCCUCCUCGCCAAUUAAAAGGGAGUGCCAUUUUCGCAACCUGGAUUCGGCCAACCUAAGCAUUGGAUAUUAAGAUGACACGGUCGCUCCCCUAGGGAUAUAGCACACCUACACCUAGGUAACCUACAAAAGAGACAAUGUCGCGCCUCCUCGCUUCUCGAUCGUCCGGCCCCGCGCUCCGCUGCCUCGGCAUCCCCAGACCCCCGGUCCGGACGGCCUCGCCGCGCAUCGCAUAUACGUAUGUUGGCAGGAGUAGCAGCUUAAGGUCCUACGCCACGGAGCGCAAGGAUGGAAAAGGGAAGAAGGAUACGUUCCAAGGCCAGAUGCUAGAGAGCAUCAGCUCGCGCAUCGCGCGCGAGAAAGCGGACCGCGAAAAGUUUGCUAGACAGCAGCAAGAGUCGGCGGGGUCGAGGCAGUGGGCUACGACGUUCGUCGUGCUCGCCGCCGCCGGUGUGUCGUAUUUCCUAGGUACGCAAGCGCCCCGCGACCCCGAAUCCACGUCGACGCUCCCGCUCUCCAUGACCCGCGACCCGAAGUACCAGAACGACAAGGCGAACCUUGAGGCCGCGUGGGCGGACUUUGCGGCCAUCCUGGGCAAGGAGAACGUGAGUACGGUGGAAGACGACUUGCAUACCCAUGCCAAUUCCGAUUGGUCGAGCUACCGCAACGAGGAGUCGCAGAAACCGUUCAUGGUCAUUUAUCCUAGUACGACGGAUGAGGUCAGCGCGAUCAUGAAGAUCUGCCACACGAGGCGGAUACCGGUGGUUGGGUAUAGCGGCGGCACGAGUCUGGAAGGGCACUUUACGCCGACUAGGGGAGGCAUAUGUAUUGAUUUCAGGAGGAUGGACAAGAUCAUUGCGCUGCAUAAGGAUGAUCUGGACGUCGUCGUGCAACCAGCUGUCGGAUGGGAGCUACUCAAUGAAGAAAUUGGCAAGGAAAAUCUAUUUUUUCCACCGGACCCAGGGCCAGGUGCUCAGAUCGGAGGUAUGAUCGGUACUGGAUGCAGCGGUACAAACGCCUACCGCUACGGCACCAUGAGAGAAUGGGUUCUUUCGCUCACUGUUGUAUUGGCUGACGGCACCGUAAUUAAGACCCGUCAAAGGCCGCGGAAGAGCUCCGCGGGCUACGAUCUUACUAAGCUAUUUAUUGGAAGCGAAGGUACCCUCGGUCUUGUUACGGAAGCGACGUUAAAACUUACUACCAAACCCGCUAGCACGAGCGUAGCGGUCUGCGGUUUCGGCACGAUUCGCCAGGCUGCCGACUGCGUCGCCAAGGUCGUCGGUCAAGGCGUCCCGGUCGCAGCCGUCGAGAUCCUGGACGAGGAGCAGAUGAAGUGCAUUAACCAAGCAGGCAUGACAUCAAAGCAAUGGAAGGAGGUUCCCACGCUAUUCUUCAAGUUCUCGGGCACAGAACGCGGCGUCAAGGAGCAAAUCCAGAUCGUGCAGGAGAUGGCGCGGCAGACGGGGAGCAAGAGCUUCGAGUUCGCGCGCUCCGAGCAGGAGAAGUCGGAGCUGUGGAGCGCACGGAAAGAGGCCCUCUGGAGCACCAUGGCGGUGGCGAAGCCUGGCGAGCGAGUUUGGACGGGCGAUGUGGCGGUCCCGAUGAGCCGGCUGCCGUUGCUGAUUGAGGAGACGAAGGACGAUAUGAAGAAGAGCGGGAUGUAUGGUACUAUUGUUGGUCAUGUUGGAGAUGGCAACUUCCACAUCAUUCUACUUUCGAAUGACGAGCAGAGGCAUGCUGCUGAGGAGCUGGUACACCGUAUGGUGAAGAGGGCUGUUGAGUUGGAAGGGACUGUGACGGGUGAACACGGGGUUGGUCUAGUCAAGAGAGACUACCUGCCACAUGAACUUGGCGAGAGCACAGUCGACACUAUGAGAAAGAUCAAGCAAGCGCUUGACCCACUCUGCCUUCUUAACGCCGACAAAGUUGUCCGCGUACAAAAACCGAAGCCGGGCGAGGUUGCCGAAUGGUGAUUCUACGCUUUUUAUGGCAAUGUGUAUAGGCAAGACCAUGGCGAUCAUGGUUUCAUCAAUCCGUAUAUAUAUUUACUCCCUUGUCACCUAUUGAUCGCGACAGGAAUCGCCCGAAGAAUGUCAAACAUUUGCAACUUAA